GCAGCUCGCAUUUGACUUUUGUUUUCGUUUGCAACUUACAGUGUCUGGUUGUGCCAGAUCCGGUGGUAGCCAAGCGCACAAAUACAAAAACGCACGCAUACUAAUACACAAAAUUGUAUUCUCGUUACUGAAGAGCAUCUCGAGUGCUAAGUGAAAUAAAGAUGAAAAUCACAUUGGUGAUAGCUGCUGUCUGCAUAGCAGUGGCGUACGCUGAUCCCGCCAUCAGUCAAGCCCGCUCCUCCACAGCCACAUCAACGAAACCUGGCAGAUUCUUGUCGCUGCCAGUGCCAGCGAAAUGUGCCAGACGUCCCAAAGAAUUCUCCUACCGCGGUCGCAACAUGUUCUUGAGCAGUCACGUGCCAGCGCUUGCCAACAAGAAGGUCGAUUGGUUGGAUGGCCGCAACUUGUGUCGUGAAUAUUGCAUGGACUUGGUCGCUUUGGAGACCCAAGAGAAGAACAAUCUGAUCUUCCGUGUCAUUCAACAAAACGAUGUGCCUUACAUUUGGACCGCUGGCCGCAUCUGCGAUUUUGCUGGUUGUGAAAACCGUCCCGAUUUGGAACCCAAGAACGUUUACGGUUGGUUCUGGUCUGCAACCCGUGAGAAGAUUCAAGCCACCAACCGCAUUCCACAAGGCUGGGGCUACAAUCCAUGGUCACAAACCGGUCACAAGAAGCGUCCACAACCCGACAAUGCUGAAUACGACAUCAACCAGACCAAGGAACAAUGUUUGUCGGUGUUGAACAACGUUUACAAUGAUGGUAUUGCAUGGCACGAUGUUGCUUGCUACCACGAGAAACCUGUCAUCUGUGAGGAUAACGAUGAAUUGCUGCGUUAUGUUGCGGCCACAAAUCCAGGCAUUCGUCUUUAAGGUGUUGACGAGUUGGAGCACGAGUUGUCUUUAACGACACUGUAAUGCGGUGCUAUGCAGUCGUGGCUGCGUCGUUUCUGCAUUGUCUGUCUGUGUGUGUUUUUAAUUAAUUUUAUAUUUUUUAAUUUUGUUUUUCUUUUUUACGAAUUUUUGUUUUUAAUUUUAUUUGUAAAGAAUGGUAAAAAAAUGCAAAUAAUAGACUUUAGAAUUUA